UCGCCGCAGCCCCGACCUCGCCCGCCCGCCCGCCCGCCGCGCUCGCCCCCGCCAUGCCGAACAUUGUGCUCUUCAGCGGCAGCUCCCACCACGACCUGUCCCAGCGGGUGGCGGACCGGCUCGGGCUGGAGCUGGGCAAGGUGGUCACCAAGAAGUUCAGCAACCAGGAGACCAGUGUAGAGAUUGGUGAAAGUGUGAGAGGGGAAGAUGUGUAUAUUAUCCAGAGUGGCUGUGGAGAAAUAAAUGACAACUUAAUGGAACUGCUCAUCAUGAUCAAUGCUUGCAAGAUUGCAUCAUCCUCCAGAGUGACUGCUGUAAUUCCAUGUUUUCCAUAUGCCAGGCAAGAUAAGAAAGACAAGAAGGGGUCCGUGGAGCGUUGGAGCCGUGCACCAAUCUCUGCAAAACUUGUUGCCAACAUGCUGUCAGUGGCAGGGGCUGACCACAUCAUCACCAUGGAUUUGCAUGCUUCUCAGAUCCAGGGUUUCUUUGACAUUCCAGUAGAUAACCUGUAUGCAGAACCUGCAGUCCUGCAGUGGAUUAAAGAGAACAUUCCCGAGUGGAGAAACUGUAUCAUAGUCUCACCUGAUGCAGGUGGUGCAAAAAGGGUUACUUCAAUUGCUGACAGACUGAAUGUGGAAUUUGCUCUCAUUCAUAAGGAAAGAAAGAAGGCAAAUGAAGUGGACAGAAUGGUCUUGGUUGGUGAUGUGAAAGACAGAGUGGCAAUUCUUGUUGAUGAUAUGGCUGACACAUGUGGCACAAUAUGUCAUGCAGCAGACAAGUUAAUGUCUGCUGGAGCUACCAAAGUUUAUGCCAUUCUGACUCAUGGCAUCUUUUCUGGUCCUGCCCUCUCUCGGAUUAAUAAUGCAUCGUUUGAGGCUGUUGUGGUAACCAACACAAUCCCCCAAGAGGAGAAAAUGAAACAUUGCCCAAAAAUACAGUUUAUUGACAUUUCCAUGAUCCUGGCAGAGGCAAUUCGAAGAACACACAAUGGUGAAUCAGUGUCUUACCUGUUCAGUCACGUCCCCUUGUAACUGCAGGGGAUUCCACUGCAUCUUUGCAAAGGUCUCUUAAGCUAGCACUGUUUUUAACUAUGCACAUCAACCAUGAGAAAUUAUUAUCUUUGUACAAUUCGAGAGCUUGUAUGUUUAAUUAUCAUAUUUGUCUUGUAAUUACCAUUUGUUCUUUGUAAAUGGGCAAUAAAUCUCCAUCUUGCAGAAAACUUAAGAAUUCUCUUGAGAGUCUGGAAGUCUUGUGUGUUGUGCAAGUUCUUCUAUGUGCCUGUUCUCACAUUUGGCUAACUGCUGUGUCAGAUCCAUUUUUCUAUACAGAACUACAAACUGUUCACAGAACUUAACAGGAUGUCCAUGUGUACGAUCAUUCUCUGUGUUAAGCUAAAUGUUACAGACCUUUCUUGUAUCUAUUAAUCUGUUGGACAAACAGCUGGGGUUUUUUGU